AUGACUAUUCUUUCAAGCAACGGUACAAGUACCGUAUUGCGGCCAGUAUGUUUGGUUUAAGUUCUAUCACAUGGAACAACUUCCAUCUGCCCAGGAACGCUACUUGAAUGAGAUCCAUGAUGCCACCAAAGUUCUUGAUGGUGUGUUAGAAGGAAAGCAGUAUUUGGUUGGCGACAAGGUUACUUAUGCUUAUCUCUCUUUUAUUACCUAGUAUAGCAUAGGCUCUCGCCUCCCUAGCCUUUCCAUCGAUAAAUUUAGGCCUAUGCUGCUUGGAUGGACAGACUUCUUGCAAGUCCAGCUGUGAAGAAGGCACUAGAAGAUAAGGCGAAGGCGAGCCAACCAUAA